AUGGCAAGCCGCUCGCCGCAAGAGAACGACGAGGAUCCUCGUGGCGGGGAUUCACCGGAGAUCAACUCGAGCAACGGCAGCUGCGAGAGCGGCGCGGCGCCCCUGACACGCUUAUCGUGCACCAAAUCCUUCGACGCUCUGUGGUUCUGCUAUUGUAAGCUCCUCCGUUUCUUCCGAAUACCCCCUCGAUAAAACUUUUGACUUCUGUUCCACAAUGUCUCCAGGGGAGUCUUUCCGCACCAAAUCCUUCGAAAGCAAUUUGCAAGAGAUGAUCUUACGCAUUGACUGAUUAUGCCAUUUCUUCCCAUCACAAUUCCAUUUCACUGUAGACAAUAUGUCGCGAAUUCCAGCAUCUAAGAUCCCGCCUGCGGUUUCUAAGAGGACUGGGGAUGGAAAUUUUUGUUCUUUCGCAUUAUUCAAAUACGUGUAGGAUUGAUCUCUUUCCUGUGCAAUCGUGUCUAAUCAGCAAAACUUAGAUCAUUAUCUAUGAGCCAUAAGGGAUUCCUGCACCAAAUAUAGAAACAAUUUCAGCCCACCAGGUUUUCUUUUGAUGGCUAACGUUUAGACUUAGCCACCUGGUGUGAUCUCAGGUUCGAGUGAUUUGGGAGAUAGGAUCAUGCUGCAGGUUGGCGACACAACAAGGAAAAUGCAGAAUAUGUGGAACAACAGAAACUCUCGAGCAUACUGAAAAAUUCGACUAUUUACCGUUUUUCAAGGAUUUUACUUGCAAAAUGAAUCCAGGAUAUUGACUAUGCACCAUGAUCAGCAAGUGCCAACAAUGCUUAUUGCUUUCCCGUGGCAUAAAUUUAUAGUUAUAGACAAUGAAAAGCAGUAGGUUUGCCCAAAUUCUGUUAUUCUAGACCCUUCUAAACCUGGUGUUAUAAUGCUUUUGAUGAUGCUUUUGAUGAUGAAUUUUCCGUAGAAAAAAUAUGACUGAUUUAUACAAUAUUAUACCAUUUUUUGUUAUUUUUCUCCUGUUGCAAGGUUAUUUUAGUGGUCAACUUCUCUUCCAACCGAAAGGUGCCUAGUGCUUGACGUUUCAAGAUCUAUUUACUUUCCAAACUUAAACAGUUCCUUUUUUAUGUAUUCACAGCUCCAGUCCACCAAAUGCAACAAUAUUACAGGCGUGGAGAAUUUGACAGUUGCUUUGAAAAAUGGAACACUCUUUUUGAUUGUUUGAAACUGAAGACAAAGAGAUUAUCUGAGGUUCAGGUUAGUCAAUAACUAAUUAGAUAUUUGAUACUGUUCAAAAUGGUUCUGCGUGCAUGAUGAUUUAUCUUUUUAGCAUCUUCCGUACUUCUCUGAUGUAGCCAUUGUGCGGUAUAAUAUGAUAAUUGCCUUCAGGAUUAUGUAAGAAACUUCUGGGAAGUUUGAAACUGAAUGAAACUUUUAGAUAUCGCUAGGUUAGAGUUUUUGGUUCAGGAAUCAUCCCUGAUAUACAAGAUUGUAAUUCACGUGACCUACUUAAAGCAUUAUGGAUCUUAAGAUUGAUUUUUUCGCUGGAUCUUAUUCACAUGAGCCUCAUUUCUUUGGAUUAUAAUUCAUAUCCCUCUUUAUGUAUAUACACACACUUACAACACAGAUAGCUAUAUAUAUGUAUUAUAUAUCUAUCCGUAUUAUAUGUGAUGCCUAUGUAUAUAUAUACGUAUGUAUGCAUAUCAAUUAUAUCCACGUUUCACAUGACCCUACUUGUACUUUAUUCUGGUAUAUGCAUGUCAAUGAAAAUUCUUUUUUUGGUGAUUGAUAUGUAUGCAUACAUGCUUGAGCUAGCGCCUAACGAAUUCCGCGACUUUUUUAUCACAGCAUGGCUGUUCCGAUCUGGGUUUCCUGAUAGUAAUUAGCAUUGUUCUGUAGAGACAUAGGCUGACCCCUCUGUUUCUAUAUGUCAGUUCUAAUAGUUACCGGCAACUGUAUUAAAUUCAUAGUGAUAAAUUUUCCAGAAAAUAAUGCCGGAUGAGCCUGAAAAGAAAAUCGGCAGCAUGCUUUUAUAGCUUCAGGGAUCUACAUUAGAUUAUAGGUGAAAGAAAUAUGGUUACGUGGUGUGUAGGCAUGAAGUUAAAAGCCCCACAGAAGACUUUGCGAAAAAGAAAUUAGCGUACGGCAUUUGAAAGUGUUUUUGCCUCACUCUCCUUUGUAGUUAACAUUAAAUUGCUGAAUAGUGACAUAGAAAUUAUUUAAAUUGGUGAUUUUGCUAGGGCUUGGCGAAGGAAAUAAUAUUAGUAGACAAUGAAUCAGGUGGUCUACUGGACGUAAGAAAAAGCCAGGGUCUUGCUUUAUUGGUCCCAGAUGCAUUUGACUGCCAGAUUAUUAUUUGAGGUUUACAAUCCUGAAUGUUUUGAAAUGAGAAAAUGGAGAUCACGGACUGCUUCUAAAUCUCAUGUGGUUGGUAAUUUUCUUUUGUGGUAAAAGUUUGCUGCUAAGUAUUAUUUCAAAGGACUAGCACCUUCUAAUUACAUGGAGGAUGCUUCUGGGAAGAAGAAUUCCUUGGUAGAAAAUAUUUUCUGAUCCAUGGUACUCAACCUUACUACUUGCCCCCGAUUCCAAACCUUGGAUGAAUUACGAUUUAAACUACUCAAUCCUGAUAUUGUCAAUGUUGAGUGCGAGAGUUUAUCUCUGCUUUCAACGAGGAGAUUGCAGAGCCCAUCCCUUAACUUGGUGAUGGUUAGCUUUGAGGCGAACACUCAUUCCCUUGGAGAUCCUUCCAUGGGAUCUGAUGAACCAACAGAGUAAGGACUGGACACUUUAGGGCCUGAUGUAUCCAGUGACAAAGGGGAUGCCUGGACUGGAUCAUUCUUUGGAGUGCCCCCUUGGAUUAUUUUUCCUAAAAGAUGGGUGGAAUUGGGUCAAUGGCAGAUAGGAAAAUUUAGAAGACAAAAAAGAAAGUCAGAUUUGGAUGUGUCAUUGCAUCAGGUUAUUUUAGCUGGAAAAGUUAAAGGUUGCUCAUGAUUCAGACAGAUGCCAAACAUAUUGCCAUCUAUGAUGAAGUCCCGAUGCUCUCAUAGUUGCCUUAGCUUGUAUUCUAUUGGGCACUUGAGAACCUUUGAUAAAUUGUCACGUACAUUGGUGUACAGGGCUGGCUUUCUUCCAGUAGGUGUAGAGACGUACCAUUGUUGUUGGUGUAUUCAAUUCGGGCUUUGGUUCUCUUCUCUAAGGCCGAAAGUUUGUCGAUAUCAUCUGGAGUUCUUGAUUCCAUGAGUUGACACUGCGGAUUUGCUGUGGCACGUGUGCCCUUAGUUUCCGGCUGUAUUUCCUGCUGUGGGCUAAGAGAAUCUUGGGCCUGGGGCUUGCCCCUCCUUUGACAGGAAAUUCUGGAGGCGCGAGAGAGCUCCAAGCCGCAUAUCUGGUCUUUUCGGACGGUAGAGGAGGCCUCCGCACACUGGAAGAAGACGUUUGGCUCCACGACAGCAGAUCACGUCCCCACACCCGGUUCUUCUUGA